AUGAGCAUGAAGUCCUGGGAUGACUGCCGUGUCAGUGCUGGGGGUGUCGGGAGACGUGGAGGGACGUCGAUGCUGUCGCAUGCCGUGUGGUGGAAGUCGAGCGACGCGCUUACAUGCAGGAGGCUGAAGGAGGCGCGAGAGUGUCUCCUCGAGUCCCUUCGCCUCUCGGAACAAGAAGAUCAACCGCAUGCUAAGUUUGAGGCUCUAUUUGCCUUCGCCACCUUCCUGCAUAAGGAGGAGAGCGACCUCGAGCUGGCAGAGAAAAUCUACCAGCAGCUGCUGGACGCGGAGGGGGAGAAGGUGGAGGUGCUGAACAGCUACGCGCUCCUCAUGCACACCGGGACUAACCAGCGAUGGGAAGAUGCAGAGGAGCUGUACGAGAGAGCGCUCGAGCUGGACCCUCACCACGCCCCAACGUUGAGCAACUACGCGAUGCUGCAAGGAGAGCGGACGGACGGGCGAGGGAGUUACAAGUCGACCAUGUUCUUGUACGAACGAGCGAUGGCGAACAGCCCCAAGGAGGUGAAGGAGACGCAGGAGAAGUACGAGAUUGACGCGCUCUGA